CUUCCCACCUCCUUUCCCGCCUGUUUCUUUGCUAAAGUGUUCGUAUCGCGAUGCAAUCCACCUAUGCACAGCUAACAUCCAACGAUCAGCACGGACAUUCUAAUGGAUCCACCUCUAACACACACACCACCCAUCAACGUAACACCCAGACGAUGGACUACGCUUUGCGCUCAGGCAUGGCAGGUGGCGUAGCUGGAUGCAUGGGCAAAACCAUCGUAGCGCCGUUGGAUAGGGUAAAAAUUUUAUUCCAAGCAAGGAACCCACUAUUCGAUUGUUAUGCAGGAAAAUUCACAGGAGUCUUUUCAGCGUUGCGCGAAAUCAUGAAGCAUGAAGGUGUCAUGGGCUUGUUUCAAGGUCACUCUGUGACACUGCUUCGGAUAUUCCCUUAUUCGGCCAUCAAAUUUGUCGCGUAUGAACAAUACCGAGCGAUCCUGAUGCCAACGGCGCAACAAAGAACAUCAUCAAGCCGACACUUUGUGGCUGGAUCUUUAGCAGGCCUUACGUCUGUAUUUUUUACAUACCCGAUGGAUUUGGUGCGAGUACGCAUGGCUUAUCAAGUCAAGCAGUCCCGCGAUACGCCACUUCGUCUGUCUGAUACCUGUCAAUCCAUUUACAACGAACCCGCUGCUGGUCGGCGAGCCGUUUCGAUACCACUUUUUAAGCUUGCCAACUUUUAUCGAGGAUUUAUGCCUACUUUGGCGGGAAUGAUACCGUAUGCGGGAGUGUCUUUUUGGACGUACCACAUAAUCACUCAAUUUUGUCGGCAUCAUCCAGCUGUCACUUGGUGGACUUUGGCCCCACUAAAUUUCGACCCAACUAGCUCACAGUCAACCGCUUCUCAACAACGUCUGCUCGACAAGCCAGCAUUAACCACAUCGGCCAAACUGAUCUGUGGCGGUAUCGCCGGUUUGGUGGCGCAAACAAGCAGCUAUCCCCUUGAGAUCAUUCGACGCAAAAUGCAAGUGGGUGGUUUGUUGAAUCCGUACGCAUUUAUCAGUUUCGCAGACGCUGUCAAGGACAUUUACCGAAGCAAGGGAUGGAGAGGCUUUUAUGUUGGUCUCAGUAUCGGGUAUAUCAAGAUUAUUCCCUUGAGCGCGGUGAGCUUCACGGUAUACGGAUACAUGAAAGAAGUCUUGAAUAUCUAGAACAACGGUUAGAAAAAGAGACACCACGACAUGACGGCUUCACGCGAGACAGGGAAACACGCCAUUCUUCAGACGACAAUGGUGUGGUAAUGUCUGUUAAAACAAACAAAAUGCAAGUGCAGGAAUUGGUCUGAAAAUGCAAACAAGUGUCCAAACCAAGGUUUUUUCUCCACGAACCUCGGAAGCCGUCUUCGCAAGCCCUUUUUCCGUGAUUGCCUGGAAACUGUGGAUGGCCAAUGAAAUUCACUUAACUCUUCGUGACGUACAAAUGUGGGUCGACCAAUCACAUUAAAGCAUUGCUGAGAAAAAAAAAUUUUGAGGCUUUGGGGGACAAUAAAAUAUUUUUUUUUGUUUGACC